CACUAGAUUCAACCCCCGUUCCCAAACUCCUUCCCCCGCCCCAAACCUUCCUUAUUCCCCCUCCAAGAUGGAGGCGCUGGAGGUUUUGGGGGGCUACCCGACCAAGCCCUUAAACCCGAGAGCCCGAAUGGUCAGGGUUCUACUGAGUAUGACGGUGUGCAUGGGAUGUUUAUUAAUGCUACAUAGUUUUCUCAAAAUCUCCAAGUCCAGGAAGCCGCAAGAUUUCUAUUCUUUUGAGGUGAAGGACGCCAAAGGGAGAAGCGUUUCUUUGGAGAGAUACCGAGGCAAAGCGUCUCUGGUUGUCAACGUGGCGAGCCACAGCGAACACACUGAGAUGAACUAUCGCUCUCUGCAGGAGCUGCACCGGGAAUUGGGUACGUCCCAUUUCAACGUCCUGGCGUUUCCCUGCGGCCAGUUCGGGGAGACCGAGAUGGGGGCCAGCCGGGACAUCGAGGCCUACGCCAAGAACACCUAUGGCGUCACCUUCACCAUCUUCAGUAAGGUCAAAAUCAUGGGUUCGGAGGCGGAGCCAGCCUUCAAAUUCAUAACAGAUUCUGUGAAGAAGGUUCCGAAGUGGAACUUCUGGAAGUUCCUGGUGAACCCAGAAGGCCAGGUGGUGAGGUUCUGGAAGGCAGAGGAGCCCGUCGACAGCGUUCGUCAGGAGGCCAUAACCAUGGUGCGUCAGAUUAUUCUAAAGAAAAGGACAGAGCUCUGACGGGAUGGCGAGGAGUGGAAUAAGGACACCUCUGAUGGUUUCAGAGUUAGAAUUAAAGGUUAUGAGGUAUUAAUUAAGAUACAAAGUCAACUCUGUUAGGUGCUGAGUGGUGACUUUAGACUUUAGGUGCCUUGUGGUAUGGGAAAGGGUUUGACAUUAUUUUUCUGAAGAUGAAGACUGAAGAUGAUGACUAUUGCAAUAAGAGAUUAAAGGGUGUGUGUGUUAUGCCACUAAGAGGGUGACACUGACAUUUCCUGACAACCACCAGGUCCAUAGUGAAUUCCAUGACAACCACCAGGUCCAUAGUGAAUUCCCUGACAACCACCAGGUCCAUAGUGAAUUCCCUGACAACCACCAGGUCCAUAUUGAAUUCCAUGACAACCACCAGGUCCAUAGUGAAUUCCAUGACAACCACCAAGUCCAUAGUGAAUUCCCUGACAACCACCAGGUCCAUAGUGAAUUCCAUGACAACCACCAGGUCCAUAGUGAAUUCCAUGACAACCACCAGGUCCAUAGUGAAUUCCCUGACAACCACCAGGUCCAUAGUGAAUUCCAUGACAACCACCAGGUCCAUAGUGAAUUCCAUGACAACCACCAGGUCCAUAGUGAAUUCCCUGACAACCACCAGGUCCAUAGUGAAUUCCCUGACAACCACCAGGUCCAUAGUGAAUUCCCUGACAACCACCAGGUCCAUAGUGAAUUCCCUGACAACCACCAGGUCCAUAGUGAAUUCCCUGACAACCACCAGGUCCAUAGUGAAUUCCAUGACAACCACCAGGUCCAUAGUGAAUUCCCUGACAACCACCAGGUCCAUAGUGAAUUCCAUGACAACCACCAGGUCCAUAGUGAAUUCCAUGACAACCACCAGGUCCAUAGUGAAUUCCCUGACAACCACCAGGUCCAUAGUGAAUUCCCUGACAACCACCAGGUCCAUAGUGAAUUCCCUGACAACCACCAGGUCCAUAGUGAAUUCCCUGACAACCACCAUGGCUUGUUAAACCAGUAUAAUCACCUCAAAGAACCACUAUUAUGUGUAACAUAGAUAUGUCUGAUUUAAAGCAGGUUGUUACUUGUUUUGUAAUUUUCAGAUUAAAAGACUGUUCUUUAAA